UGCAGGAGUGUUGACGUGUGUAUUGUCAUCCAUGAAAGUCACCAGAACAUGAAUACUAAGCGACGAAUUGACCUUUAUAAGCAUCGAAAUCAAGAAAACGGCCCUUUCUCACCCUAUGUGUUCAAAGAACACAUGUCUGCCUGUCCAGAUCUCUGUCGCUAUCUCUUUGAGGUAUGGAAAAACACCCAUCAAGUUGAGUGAGAUCAGCAUAGUAUUACGUUAACACGAUGCUUCGCAGGGACACUACCCAACACACACCACAAUACUAUGUGUGUAUCACCCUGACGCCCACGAAGGAAUGCACCCCAGCACCAGACGGAAAGCAGCAUGUGCUACAUGUAUGUGUGUGGUCAAUUAAUGUGUGUGUGCGGCAGUCAUCUUUUUAUGCCCACGACACUCACCGCACUAUUCUCUCUGCCCCUUUCUUUCAGUAUAAACAAUUACGAACGCAUCUUAGGGCUCACCGCCCCCAACCAGUGGCAUCCCCCCGACCCCGCCCCUAUUCACACUGACUGCAAAGCCACACACAACAUCAAAGACACGACACACUGAAAGACAGACAGACGUCAUGUAAUUGACUGUACAAACAACUUGGGCACAGUAAGACAGACAGACAGACAGCGAGACUAGCGCCGUCCCUCUCACACGAACAAACAACGACACACGAGCCACAGUGUCUGAAUGAGUUGGACGCCUAAUGCCGACGGCCUGAAGACCACACACACAUGGCCACAUUGGAUGGACACGGCCCAUAGGUGUGUCUGUCUGCCCACUGUGUCUGUCUGUCUCACUCACAUUUGCCGUAUUUGUGGUCGUGGUGUUUCUUCCAGCAGUAAUGGCCACGCUUGCAAUCAUGGUCCUUCUUGCACCGAUGGUCGUCAUGAUGGUCGUCAUGGUGGUCGUCAUGGUGGCCCCUCUCCUUGCCUAAUGAGCACACACCACACACACAGAAGAGAUGACGCCCACAUUGCCCUCGCCCUGUGUGUGACUGUGUGGCUCACAUUUGCCAUUCGAGCAGUAAUGUGAGUGGCAGUCGUUGUCAUAUCGACAGCCGUGGCCAAUGCCAUUCAGAUCGCCGCCCUUACGGCACUGGCCAUUCACACAGCUGCACACACACACACACAGCCAUCAACACACGCAUCGCCAUGGCUCUCCUCUCCCCAUUGCCCUACUUGUGUGAGCAGCAGUGUGAGGUUUUCUUGCACUGUUUCUUUGAGUAGGAGGCAAUGCAGGACUGCAAACCGCGCAGACCGCCAGACGACACCAACGGCUCAUCGCCGUCCUCAUCGCUCAGCAGCAGCUGGUCGUCCACAGUCGUCAGGCCAUCAUCAUCAUCAUCAUCAUCAGCAGCGGCAGGGGGGCCAGUCGGGAGGACCUCGUCGGCAGCCAUGGCCACGGCGGCCGAGGGCAUCCACACGGCCACCAGCAGCAGAGAGGCCGCAAGCACGACCGUCAGGCGCGAGAUGAGGGCCAUUGCUGACGGGCAAUUGAGAGGUCAGACAGUCAGUUGCACUGCGGCUGGGUGAGGGCAGAUGGGAUGCUCUUGGUGUUAACAGGCGCUGAGAGAUGGGAAGUCGCUGGUCGGUCGAAUUAAGUGAGAUGAGCGGAUGGGGAAGUGGGGAGGGCAGAUCCAGGUGAGAUCCUUUGUAGUCCCUUACGUACAGCGGUGAGAGAGGGGAGAGAGGGGGGAGGGCGCGGAGGCCGCAG